AUGGUAAUUGAGUUUUUAUUUAGAAGUGAUCGCCAAAUGAGCGAUCUUUUUGACGAGAAUAGUUUGAACAAUUAUUUGACGGAAAAGGCAUUCAAAGCGAUUAACGACGGUGUCCCGCAACGAUUGGAAUUUGAAAAGCACGUGAAAUUCCUAAAACGCCAUUUGGCCGUUUAUCCGGAAGCUUAUAACUCAUUGGAUACAACAAGAAUCACUCUUCUUUUCUUCGCCAUCUCCUCACUCGAUCUUCUCGGCGAACUUAACAACGUUACCACACCAGAAGAGCGCAAAAUCUACAUUGAUUGGAUUUACAGCCUUCAAUUAUCCAAAGGCCGCGAUUUUGGUGUUGUUUCGUUCGGCCAACGAGGACUUGGCGGGUUGUUGUUGGACAUUGAUAAUCCGGUGAAGGAUGAGAAGUUCAAUUGGAUUCCACAGUAUAAUUUGCAAGCAUUCUUCAGGAAAAAGAUUGUGCCCCAUCGUCUUGGAUUAUGGGAGCCCGUAUUGCGGCCGAGAUUUCGAAAAUCGAAAUUCAACCGACUUCCUGGCCAUUUUUUGCCGAACACACCCAGCUUUAUGAUGGAUUCUCGAAAUUUGCUCUGUGUCAAAUAUUUUGAAAAUGAUGGAUUUGUGCGGGUAUGGACGGUUAGUGAAAGAUCGAGACGAAAUUUUUUGGAGCGAUUCGAUGUCAAGAGUUCUGUCAAGAAUUUCGCCGAAAGUCGAAUAAUGUCGGGUGAAUUCGCAGUUGUCGACUACGAUGGAAUGUUGUGGAUUGGCGACAUUGACGAGGGACCACAAGCGACGGCGAGAGUCAAAUGUAAUGAAGCAAAUGAAAUUCUUGAGUUUGUCUCAUUUUGCGAUCACCCUCGAAUGUUGGCCGUUGGCACGGCGACUGCAAUUCGUACCAUUGAUUCGAGAAUGAUUGAGAAUCGGGCCGCUUGCGAGUUGUUCAAAGUUCCCGAAUUUGACACAAGAUUUGAUAAUGAACCCGAAUAUAUUUCUACGGAGCCGCCGCGUCCUUGCAAAAUUCGGCAUAUUCAAAAUCUUGCAUCAACUUCGAAUAAUUUUGUGAUUGUUACCAACUAUGCGAUGCAUUUGGUCGAUGAUCGAUUUCCUGGAUCAUCGAUUUUCACUCUACGCCAUGCCAUUCCAGACGGUGCUCAUAAAAUGCUGGUCUCAAAUACGGUUAUUGAUCCAUUAAAGGGCGGUGAGGUUACUUCUGUAUUUAUGCUCGAUCACACGUUCGGUGAUAUUUAUUUGUCGAAACUUUAUCAUCAUAAGACGAAGGUGUGGUCGUCGACAGCGCCGUUUGUUCGCCUAGGUGGUCCGGAAGAUUACAACAGGCUUCUGAAACGCGGGAAAUAUAUUGAUCGGAGAACGAUGAUUGAGGAGCCUCUCAGAGCAAUUGCGUUUGUUGAAGGAACAUCGACGAAUCAAUUCCUUCUAACCCAGACGGAUGAUGGCGCGAUUUGGUCGCUUCGAUUCACUAGCAAAGAUGAUCCAAAUCUUGAUGCGGAAAGGGAUUCGAGCAUUGAGAGAAUUGAAAAAUACCUUGACGAACAUGCUUUGAGUGAUAUCUAUGCACCGGUUUAUCUAACCAAAGUCUGUGAUGAGCUCAAAGAGGAUCCGAAGAAGAAAAGGCAAAUUGCGCUUUUUAAUGGGAUUUUGGAUAAAAAUAUGGUUCGGGAAUCUUGGAAACGAGCUGACGAAGAAGCGCGAAAUGGAAUUCAGUUAAGUUUUGAGCCAACAUUGAUUCAGGAAAGACUUGUUGCUGAGGAGACAUGUCCUGAAGAAUGUCUCUUCUCGAAAGCGACUAUUGAUGGUUAUAUGGAAGGAUUAAAAUAUAAGAUUCCACCACCUGAAGAGACUGGGAUCGACGAAGUCGAUGAGGAAGAAGACUCGAAUGAAGAGAUUCCAAUUCCAAUGGAAGGGUCGUAUUCAUGCGAUGAGAGCGAUUAUGAUGCGGCGAAUCUGGCGCAAACUUAUAGUGCUCUUUUGACGUUAACGAUUCUUGGGGAUGACUUGAGUCGCGUGAAUCGAACCGCUAUUCUCGAAUCUGUGAAACGAGCGCAACGGAAGUGUGGAAGUUUUUGGAGCCAAGCUUCUGGAUCAGAGAGCGAUAUGCGAUUUGUGUACUGCGCUGUCGCCAUAUGUCACAUUUUGCACGACACUGAUGCAAUUGAUUGGAAGAAACUGGGAGAUUUCAUCAAAUCCAGCCUUAAUAUUGAUGGUGGAAUUGGACAAGGUCCAGGAGACGAAAGUCAUGGCGGCUCAACUUUCUGCGCUAUCGCUUCUCUCGCGUUGGCGAAUCGCCUUUGGAAUGAGGAAGUCUUGACAUUGAAGGAAAUCGCGCGACUUGUCAAAUGGGCACUUUGGAAGCAGUCGAUGGGAUUCCAUGGAAGAUCCCAUAAAGCAGAUGAUAGUUGCUAUGCGUUUUGGAUUGGUGCCACACUCACGAUUCUCAAUUCGUAUAACCUUGUGAACACUGUGUACCUUCGCGAGUUCCUUAUGAUUGCCCAACAUCCACAUAUAGGGGGAUUCUGCAAACAUCCAGAACCGGGAUCGUAUUCAGACCUUCUUCACACGUAUUUCUCCAUCGCCGCCCUUUCAUUGAUGCGCGAGCCGCCGAUCAACGCGAUCAAUCCGGCGAUGAACGUUUCUAGUCGUGCCUUCGAGCACAUUGCCAAACUUCGAUUUAACUGA